UGCCACUCCCAUAAGUAGUAGGAGACGGGUAUGUCGCUUGGUUUUCGCUGAAGAAAAGCAAAAGAAAACUGCUUCAAGAAACGGUUUCUUCUACAAAUCGCAGUUCUAUCGAGCUUUAUUGUCCUAGUUGGAGCUUGAAUCAAUAUUGCUUGCGCUCUGAGGGAACGAAAAACAGUAUUCAGAAGAUCAUUUGAGUUGUCAUCAUGGUGAGGAAGAGGAGAACUGAACAACCCAGCGCAGGAGAGAGUUCUGAGCCUCAGGUAGCCAGUGCUGGACGAGGCACUGUUGCUCAACGUCCUCCACCACAGCAGCAGCAACCACAACAGCCACAACCACAACCACAAGGUGGCUAUCAAGGAAGAGGGCGAGGUGGCCAAGGAGCACAGGGUGGACAACCACAAGGAGGAAGGGGGUGGGGUCCAAGGGGAGGAGGGUCCACUGUUGGUGGACCACAACGUGGUGGCAUGACUCCCCAACAGUAUCCUACCGGACCAGUUCAGCAGAGUCCAAGAGGAACUGCACCAUUUCAAGGUGGUGGAGGCGAUGUUCAUGGUGGUUCUGGUUCUGGACCUUCUAAGGCACCAACUCCCGAGCUGCACCAAGCAACACAGGUCCCCCAGCAAGCAGAGUCUUCUGUGGGGUCAUCAAGUAAUCAGCCUGUGGAUGAGGCAGCAGCUCAGCUUAAACAGCUGUCUGUGCAGCAGCAGCAGCAGCAAGAGGUGGCUGUUCAGGCUGCACCUGCUUCCAGCAAGUCAAUGAGGUUUCCUUUACGUCCUGGAAAAGGUAGCUCUGGAACAAGGUGCAUUGUUAAGGCCAACCACUUUUUUGCUGAACUGCCUGACAAGGAUUUACACCAGUAUGAUGUUACUAUCACACCUGAAGUGACAUCCCGUGGUGUGAAUCGGGCUGUGAUGGCACAGUUGGUGAAACUGUACAAAGACUCUCAUCUUGGGAAGCGCCUACCUGCUUAUGAUGGAAGAAAGAGUCUUUAUACUGCAGGCCCUCUUCCUUUUAUCUCUAAAGAUUUCAAAAUCACUCUGCUUGAUGAAGAUGAUGGAUCAGGCAGUGCCAGAAGAGAGAGGGACUUCAAGGUUGCAAUCAAGUUGGCUUCACGUGCCGACUUGCAUCACUUAGACAUGUUUUUACAAGGAAGGCAGGCUGAUGCUCCACAAGAAGCUCUUCAGGUGCUAGAUAUUGUUCUUCGUGAGCUGCCUACUAAUCGGUACACACCAGUGGGUCGAUCAUUCUAUCACCCUGCUCUUGGUCGAAGGCAACCAUUGGGUGAAGGGCUUGAAAGUUGGCGUGGUUUCUACCAGAGUAUACGCCCUACUCAGAUGGGGCUGUCCCUCAAUAUCGACAUGUCCUCGACUGCCUUCAUUGAGCCACUUCCUGUGAUUGACUUUGUCACUCAGCUCCUGAACAGGGAUGUUUCAGCAAGACCAUUAUCUGACUCUGACCGGGUGAAGAUAAAAAAAGCACUAAGAGGAGUCAAGGUGGAAGUAACGCACCGAGGAAAUAUGCGCAGGAAGUAUCGUAUAUCUGGUUUAACAUCUCAAGCAACACGGGAGCUUAAUUUUCCAGUGGAUGAGAGAGGUACAAUGAAAUCUGUGGUGGAAUACUUCCGUGAGACAUAUGGAUUUGUGAUCCAACACAUUCAGUGGCCAUGCCUGCAAGUUGGAAACACUCAGAGACCCAACUAUUUGCCUAUGGAGGUGUGCAAGAUUGUAGAGGGUCAGAGGUAUUCAAAGAGGCUAAAUGAGAGACAAAUUACUGCCUUACUUAAAGUGACAUGUCAGCGCCCUCAUGAGAGAGAGGAGGAUAUCCUAAAGACGGUCGCUCACAAUGCUUAUGACAAGGAUCCAUACGCCCAGGAAUUUGGGAUAAAAAUUAGUCGGAAUCUUGCCUCUGUUGAAGCUAGGAUUUUGCCACCUCCUUGGCUCAAGUACCAUGACACAGGCCGUGAAAAGGACUGUCUGCCUCAAGUAGGUCAAUGGAAUAUGAUGAACAAGAAAAUGGUUAAUGGAGGAAGAGUCGCAAGCUGGAUCUGCAUAAAUUUUGCCCGCAAUGUGCAAGAUAAUACUGCCCGUGGUUUCUGUCAUGAGCUUGCCCAAAUGUGUAAUAUUUCUGGCAUGGCAUUCAAUCCUGAACCUGUGCUUCCAGCAUUUAGUGGGCGUCCUGAUCAGGUGGAGAGAGUGCUGAAGGCUCGUUUCCAUGAUGCCAUGACUAAGCUUCAACCUCAGAAAAGGGAGCUUGAUCUGCUCAUUGUCAUUCUGCCAGACAACAAUGGAUCCCUCUAUGGUGACCUGAAACGAAUCUGUGAGACUGAUCUUGGCGUUGUUUCUCAGUGCUGUCUGACUAAACAUGUUUUUAAGAUGAGCAAACAGUACCUUGCAAACGUGGCUUUGAAGAUUAACGUGAAGGUUGGAGGAAGGAACACGGUCCUUCUGGAUGCAAUUUCAAGGCGGAUACCUAAUGUCAGCGAUGUACCAACUAUCAUCUUUGGUGCUGAUGUCACCCAUCCACACCCCGGGGAAGAUUCAAGCCCCUCUAUUGCAGCUGUUGUUGCCUCUCAAGACUGGCCUGAGAUAACAAAGUAUGCUGGGUUGGUUUGUGCACAAGCCCACCGUCAAGAACUGAUCCAGGAUCUGUACAAGGAGUGGCAUGACCCACAAAGAGGCAAAAUGUCUGGUGGCAUGGUCAAGGAACUGCUGAUAUCUUUCCGCAGAGCAACUGGGCAGAAGCCAAAGCGGAUUAUUUUUUACAGGGAUGGAGUGAGCGAGGGGCAGUUCUAUCAAGUUUUACUUUAUGAGCUUGAUGCGAUUCGAAAGGCAUGUGCAUCGUUGGAGCCAGAUUAUCAGCCUCCAGUGACAUUUGUGGUGGUUCAAAAACGUCAUCACACGCGAUUGUUUGCUAACAACCAUCGUGACCGCAAUGCUACCGACAGGAGUGGGAAUAUACUGCCAGGCACCGUUGUCGACUCCAAGAUAUGUCAUCCAACCGAGUUUGAUUUCUAUCUAUGCAGCCAUGCUGGGAUUCAAGGGACAAGCCGUCCGGCCCAUUACCAUGUGCUGUGGGAUGAGAACAAGUUCGCAGCUGAUGCUUUGCAAUCACUCACAAACAAUCUCUGUUACACGUAUGCAAGGUGCACUCGUUCUGUGUCCAUUGUGCCACCUGCAUACUAUGCUCAUCUGGCUGCCUUCCGUGCACGGUUCUAUAUGGAGCCAGACACAUCUGACAGUGGCUCCAUGACAAGCGGCCGUGGUGCAGGGACAAGGAGCACCCGUGUGCCAGGGGCAAAUGUUGCUGCGGUCAGACCCCUACCUGCUCUCAAGGAGAAUGUCAAGCGGGUUAUGUUCUACUGCUAGAAUACCCUACCCUACCCUUCCAUUUCAUGUAUGUUUUUGUGUCUACUACUACUACUACUACCUUUGUGCUGGAUAAAUUACAACACACUAUGUGUGUAGGUGUUUGUGUUUCUUCCCGACCUUUCAAUUAAAAUACUUUGGUUUGCUAUAUUA